GCUCUCUCUCUUCUCCUCUCUCCUAACCACCUCAUCUCAUCUCAUUAACAGAUGUUUGUCCAUCCCUGAAGACAACAAACAGUCUGCAAGCAUCUAUCUCAUCCGAAUUUCAUACUUCAGUUCCAAUCAGAUCUGCAAGCCUCUCAUCCAGAUCGACAAUCUGUUUUAGAUCUACAACCCUCCGAUCAACAUCACCGAUCUACAACCCUCCCAAUCACCACUCCGUUCCUCUCAUCAUGUCCUACAACAUCUACACCACCGAGGAAAUCGGCGAACGCAACCACGUGGCCAUCUUCAUCGAGACGCGCCCAGACGCGCCCGUCGACGCCAUCCGCGGCCAGCGCUACCACGUCAUCGGCACCAUCCUGCGCGGGAUGGCCCACGACCCCAAAGAGAGCGUCGACCCGGAGGAGAUCCCCGGCCACGUCCCCGGCACGAAGAAGCUGGUCGCCACGAUUGCGCCGGCGGACAUGGCCCGCUUCGAGGCGAUCUGCGAGGAGGUGCCUCCGCCGCCGCCGCAGCUGACGCUCAGCGGGAAGCCGAUGAACCUGGCCAAGCCGCUGUAUCGGUGCGGGGACUGGGUGCGCGAGGUGCUCUCGAUCGCGGUGGAGGAGGGGAUUAUUCGGGCGGUGGUGGGGGGUGGGUAUGAGGGGGGUUCGAGAAUGCUUUAGGACAUACAGAGGGAGAUGGAAAGACAGAGGAAGGAUGGAAUGGUAAUAGAGGGAGGAUGGAUAAAGGAUGGAUAAAGGAUGGAAGUAGGAGGGAAUGGAAUGGAGGAGGAAGGGAUAGAGGAGGGAUAAUCUGAGAUAGUAACCCGCGUGUCAUGUAAAGGCUGCG